AUGGCGCGGACCCUGGGGCCGGCUCCGCUGUGUCCCGGAGGCGGCAAAGCACAACUUUCCUCCGCUUCUCCCCCCGGGGCCGGGCUCCUGCUGCCGCCCCCGACGCCACCGCCGCUGCUGCUGCUGCUCUUCCCGCUGCUGCUCUUCUCCCGGCUCUGUGGUGCCUUAGCUGGACCAGUUAUUGUGGAGCCACAUGUCACAGCAGUAUGGGGAAAGAAUGUUUCGCUGAAGUGUUUAAUUGAAGGAAAUGAAACUAUAACACAAAUUUUAUGGGAGAAGAUACAUGGCAAAAGUGCACAGACUGUUGCAGUUCAUCAUCCUCAAUAUGGAUUCUCUGUUCAAGGAGAAUAUCAGGGAAGAGUCUUGUUUAAAAACUAUUCACUUAAUGAUGCAACAAUUACUCUACAUAACAUAGGAUUCUCUGAUUCUGGACAAUAUAUAUGCAAAGCUGUUACCUUCCCACUUGGAAAUGCUCAGUCCUCUACAACUGUAACUGUAUUAGUUGAACCCACUGUGAGCCUGAUAAAAGGGCCAGAUUCUUUAAUUGAUGGAGGAAAUGAAACAGUAGCAGCCAUUUGUAUCGCAGCCACUGGAAAACCAGUUGCACAUAUUGAUUGGGAAGGUGAUCUUGGUGAAAUGGAAUCCACUACGACUUCUUUUCCAAAUGAAACAGCAACAAUUGUCAGCCAAUACAAGCUUUUUCCUACCAGAUUUGCUAGAGGAAGGCGGAUUACUUGUGUUGUAAAACAUCCAGCCUUGGAAAAGGACAUCCGAUAUUCUUUCAUAUUAGACAUACAGUACGCUCCUGAGGUUUCAGUAACAGGCUAUGAUGGAAACUGGUUUGUAGGAAGAAAAGGUGUUAAUCUCAAGUGUAAUGCUGAUGCAAAUCCACCACCCUUCAAAUCUGUGUGGAGCAGGUUGGAUGGACAGUGGCCUGAUGGUUUAUUGGCUUCAGACAAUACUCUUCAUUUUGUCCAUCCACUGACUUUCAAUUAUUCUGGUGUUUAUGUCUGUAAAGUGACCAAUUCCCUUGGUCAAAGAAGUGAUCAAAAGGUCAUCUAUAUUUCAGAUGUUCCACUUAAGCAGACCUCUUCUAUAGCUGUAGCUGGAGCUGUAAUUGGAGCUGUCCUUGCCCUUUUCAUCAUUGCCAUCUUUGUGACUGUGCUGUUGACUCCUCGAAAAAAGAGACCAUCCUACCUUGACAAAGUGAUCGACCUUCCACCCACACAUAAACCACCUCCUAUGUAUGAAGGACAGUCCCCCCCUUUGCCUCAGAAAGACCUUCUAUAUCAGACUGAACACUUGCCUCUGCAGACUCAGUUCAAAGGAAGAGAGGCUGGCAGUCUCCAGCGCUCUAAUGGACUGAAUAGCAGAAGAUUUGACUACGAAGAUGAGAAUCCAGUGGGGGAAGAUGGGAUUCAGCAGAUGUACCCCCUCUACAAUCAGAUGGGCUACCAAGACGGGAGUCCUGGCAAAUAUCAUCCAAGUCGUGACCUGGAGAGAGUCUACAUCAACCCACGGGAGCAUUACGUGUGAUUGUCCUCUUUCUCCAAUGGUGUUCUAACAAAUGUUUAUUCUUAGAUUGAGGGAGAGAAACUGAGGCCAAUAGGUAUGCUUUUAUUCUGUCUCGUAUAAAACAAUCCCAGUCUAAGUAUAUCAGAAGUAGUGAUGAAUGACUUGGAGCCAAUAGCACAUUUCUUCCUUUCAUUAAGAGUUUCUUAAUCACCAGCUGUGUUUUUGAACUUGGCUCUAGCUUUGUGUGUUUCUGUGAUGAUGGUGUUUAACUACUAACAUUUGGCCUACAACGGCAUGUGCAUUUAAAAGUAAAGCAUCUGCCUGGGAUGACAGCAGUGAUUCUCCAGAACGAAAGGCCCCAGCUGGGAGUAUUAACCUCACUGGGUCUCAGGCAGACCAGCCUGUUCAUCUGUAACUCAAAUGGGCAGGAAAAGGAGCUCAAAAUCCAUCUCACUAAUUAUUUAGUUGGGAUUUGGCUUUUCCUGACAUGCUUAAUACAAUUACAAUACCUCCUUACAAACAGGAGGCCUGAGAAAAGAGACAAAAUUUGUUGUUUAUCCCAGAAACAAUAACAAAAGGCAGUUCGGACCUUCAAGUCUGUUGGUUUCGUUUAGACUCUUGUGAUAUUGUAAUAUGCAUUCCUUCCUGAUCACC